AUGCCCAAAAACGCGCAGGUCAUCAUGCGCUAUGGGCCAUACAGCUCAAUCGGUCUGUCAGUGGAGCACCGCACCUAUCGCCUGGAGGGCCUGCUAGCUGUGUUGGCUGAAGAUGGACACCAGGUCCUCCUAGAGAAGAUAGAAGACUGGAAUGUGGUGGAACUCAUGGUGAAUGGAGAAGUUGUCUUCCGCUGUAACAUCAAAGACCUGGAGUUUGGAGGUGACGGUAAACUAGACCCACUGUGCGAAGAGGCCAGGAUAGCUUUACUAAAUGCCUACUGA